GCUCAGAAGGCGGAGUUGAGUGCGCUGCAGUCCUGUGUGAAGCUGCGCUGGUGUCUGUGGUGGAGUUGGUUUGAACGUGAUAAAGUCGCCUCAUAUUUCCAUACAUCAACUACACGAGUGUGGACUUUUGGUUAAAUAACCCGAAGAAGCGGACGCGAUCUGAUCAGGUCUAAAUUUCACCUGUGGAACGAAGCGCUACUGUCUUCCACGGAGAGGUGCUGCAGUGUCCAUCAUGAGGAGGUGUCUGCUAUUCACGUGUCUCUAUGUGCUGUUGACUGCGAACGGCUUCCUUGCUGUGCUGUCCCAAGCGUUGUCUUAUGGGGAGCGGGGCUCCAAUUUAGGAGUCCAAGUCUUUCAGCAAGUGGUCCUCAGCAAGCCCCUGGAGAAUGUUGUGAUGUCCCCCCAUGGAGUGGCUUCCAUCCUUGGCAUGCUGUUGCCCGGAGCUGACGGCGAGACGCGAAAACAGUUCCUCAAUGCACUACGGUACAAGAAAAACGGUCCUUACAAGAUGCUGAAGAAACUGCACAAGUUGCUAACAGCCAAGUCCAACCAGGAAAGCGUUUUAAUUGCCAACGGCAUGUUCGCGCAGGAAGGGUUCCCCAUGGAAGAGGCUUUUGUGGACACCAACAAAGCCAACUUCAACUGUGAGAGCAGGAACCUGGACUUCAGUGACACACAGGAGGCAGCACACAUAAUCAACCAGUGGGUCAGCAAUAAGACCAAAGGUGAAAUCUCCGGUCUAGUCAAAGCGGACAUGCUGGAUUCCGCUCUGACGCGCCUGGUUGCUGUGAACUCCAUCUUUUUCAAGGGGUUAUGGAAGUCCCGCUUCCAACCUGAGAACACCAAGAUGAGGACGUUCACCGCUGGCAACGGGAACGUUUAUAAAGUUCCUACAAUGUCCCAGCUCUCCCUUUUUAACAUCGGCCUGCCCUCCACACCAGAUGGCAUCAAAUACAGAGUGAUCCAGCUUCCCUAUCAGGGAAACGUCUUCUGCAUGCUGAUUGUUGUGCCUGUGGAUGAGGGCACGCCUCUGUCUGCUGUGAUCCCACACAUCAGCAUGAGCACAGUGCAGGGUUGGACAAAGUCGAUGGGAAUGAAGAAAGUCCGUCUAUUCAUCCCUAAGUUCACAGCUGAGGCUGAAGUGGAUUUGAAGGAUCCCCUCCAGGCCCUGGGUGUGACCGACAUGUUUGAUGCAGAGAGGGCUGAUUUUCGACAUCUGAGUUCUGAGUCUGUCCAUGUGUCCAAAGCACUCCAGAAAGCCAAAAUAGAGGUGAACGAAGAUGGAACAAAAGCAGCAGCUGCCACUUCUGCGAUUCUGAUGGCUCGCUCAUCUCCACCUUGGAUUAACGUGGACAGACCUUUUCUCUUCCUCAUCCGGCACAACCCAACUGGCACUAUCCUCUUUAUGGGCCAGAUCAAUGAGCCGUGAGCAGUCCAGCAACUGAAAGUUGAAACACUGCCAUGCAUGAACACACACCUUGUUCAAACAUGAUAAUGGCAUACACAUUUACAUUGUGGUUAUUAUUUUAUGCAUUGCCUUUUAUGUUACCUCUUUACUUUAAUGUGUUGUUGUGGGCUUCUGAUUUCCAGCCAUUUUAAUUUUUUUGGAAGACUUUCUUUAAUCUUUUUAAGUUUUUAAAUGACUUUGAAUGUUGGUUUUGUAUUUUACAAGCUUUGGAGUAGAACGUUUUUUUGAUUAAUUUUCCUGUCGUAUUCUGUUAUUCCGUCUUAAACUGAAGCAGCUCCAGUCUUUAAGUUAUGGCAAUGUCUUUUCGAUAUCACAUGCAGCUAUUUUAAAGAAUGUUGUUUUGCUUCAUGCCAAUUUUCUUUUUUUGUCAAACAUGCUUCAAAAGGGAAAAAUAAAUGGUUUUUGAAGGCCUAA